UUUUGCGAUAUUGACUUGUAGUUACAGUAAGACUGGUUUGUGCUCAAGUCCUCUUUUUCCUGUACAGCUCAAUUUUUAAAUGUUAUUAGGGGGUUCAUGUUUUCUUUGAUUGACACUUGAUACAGCCUGUUGACUCUCCUGCCGAAUGUGCACAAUGCUACUGCGCAAUGCUGGUUUCAGGAAAUAAAGAAAAUCCCAGAAUUACCGAGAGCUUUUUUGCUUCAAAUCCGUAUACAGGCUGGAGGCGGCACCAAGUUGUCCAUAGUAUAUACAGUCUAUGAGUUAUGCCCAAUAUAUUCUGAAAAAGGGUGAGACAAGAUCGAAAAGGAUCAAAUAUCACCGGGAGACCCUGACUUUUUAUAUGCCAGCUUUGCGUUUUAUAUAUAUAUAUAUAUAUAGUGCUUUUUGUCAUUUACUAGUCAUUUCUUUAUUUACAGUACUAAAAGUCCUGAAAUAGAAAAAAAAGACUUUUCUUUAAUGUUAUUAUUACACGGAUUUUUAAGAUAUUACUCAAAAAUAUCUCCCCAGUUCUGCGUUUGUGGGGUAGCACAUUAACUGGAUGCAUCGUUCAACUUUCCAAAUCAGCCCACAGUGUCUGGAAAAUCCUCCCAAAUGUAUUUAGUGUGGACAGAUGGGUGGGCCACAUCCGUGACGUUUUUUGGGAGAAAAAAGGUCCUCCUGUGCGUCCCCCUAAAAACGCCCCUGUGGCUUGCGGAACCAAUUAAAUCCCCUGCUUUUGCGUUCCUGCCAACAUGAGCACCGACGUGAACCCGCUUCAUUGAUACCCGCUGCGAGGAUCUCCGGUUCCUGUCCCAGCCGCGAAGGUAUCCCGAAAGUCUCCGCGGGUAAAUAAGUUUAUUUUUUUUCGGUGCCAUCAUUCACGACGCUGGGGGGAAGAGGAGGGGAGGACUGGAUUGUCAGCUCGUAGCUAACACACCUCUACAAACAGGGCUGGAGAGCAAAUGGCAGAGCAGGAGGAGCAGAAGCAGAUUACCGAGCUGGACAAGCCGGUGCCUGGUGUGUCCGAGACGGGGAACGCGGUGGCUCUAGCCCGGCUACUGCACCACGAAUGUGGCCGUCUGCUCCAGCUUUAUGUGAGUUCUGGUUUUACAUGGUUUUUUUUUUCUUCUUCUGCCUGCCUUAUACUCCCGGACACACUCCCCUCUCCCGUUACUUGUGGCUCGCUUCAAUGCCAGCAUGUUUUUCUGCUGAGGCAGCUAGCAACCUGUCGUGUUUGAAUUGCAUGUUGACUUAUUCAGCUCGCAGGCUAACAUUCAUCAUUUUGCACUUGUGAUCCUUAAAGCCAUGCUGUGGUGCAGAGUAAUUACAUUAAAAGACCCCCUCCCCCUCCUCCAUUUUCCCUAGAAUACCUAAUGGAUGGAGUGUAUUGGAUUUUCUCCUCUGCUGUCCCUCUGGGUCUUGUCUGCCUUUUAGAGCACCUUUUAAUUCAUCAAUAAAAUCAAUACAGCAGUCACUUAGAAUUUCAUUUGUAAUUGAUCCAAAGUAAAAUUAAAGGCGCAAGUGCAAGGGCAGCAGCACCUUGUAAAUGCGCGCUGAUCUCUAACUCUUGUUUGUGCGCUUUCAGAAAGAGAAGGAGACCUUGUUGGACCACACCCCAGAUGGCGGGCGCAUCGUGUCCCUCGCCUCAGAGGGGGCUGAUACCCAGCAGCAGGUGCAGAUGCUGCACUCAGCUCUGCGGCAGUGCCUGGGACUCCUCCACUGUGUCAUCCUGAAGGAAGUGGAGGAAUGGGGCGAGCUUGAGGGGGACUACGAGACUUUGAGGAAAAAUGUGCGGUCUCGACUGGAGUUCUUACUCAUCACCACGAAAAGUUUGGCUGAGACUGAGGAUACGACCCUUGAAGUCACUCCAGACCACAAGUGUAAUGAGGUAUGGUAUUGUUAUAAUGAGCUUCCAUCUCCAUAUGGUUCAGCUUAACAUGGGCUUUAAAUUGUUAUGCUACUGAUGACAAAAACACAAGAACAGCAUUCAUAUGACGUGCGUUACAUUCAGAAAACAUACUGCUCUCCCAUACACAAAGAACACCAAUGAACAAUAAAAUAGAAACUGAUAAAAGGCCUUUCCUUAUGUCACCAGUGGAUUUCUUCAAGUGGCUCCAUUUUUACCCAUAAAGGUGACUGUGAAAGUCAGUUUUUCUCCUCCAAAAUCGAGUGUUUUGAUGCUGCUUGCACAAAAUAUUUCUAAAUGAUAUCAUGAAAUGGAAAACUGAAGGCUCUGCAAGGGUAUGACUAAACCCUGUAUUAUAUGAAUAAUACCUCUGUGUAAAGGUGACUAAUGCAAGGAAGAGAGAUUCAAAACAUUGACUUGAUCACCUGGAUAUCCAAGACAACUUUUUCAUUGAGGUAAAAGCUUUCUAAAUAUUUGUAUAAGAGAAGUAGAUUAUAUGCGUGGGUUUGAGUUUGGUUUAAGGAGGGUUUUUUUCACAUCUUUCGGUUCAUUGUUUGACUCUCAGGCCUGCGACUUAAUUGUUAUUUUGUUGGGUUCAUUCUCACCACUGCUGGCUGGAAAAUUUUCUGAAGAAGAAGCUGUGGUAAAGCCACUGCACAUCAAGCUGAAGUCAAAAUUAGCAAGUUGGAGAGAAAGAUGGAUGCUUUGGUAGCCAGAGACAAACAUGACUAUGCGGGGGAGGUGGUGGAAACCAAAAGAGGAGCAAAAAGAUUAAGUAUUACAGGACAUAGACUCCCAAGAAGGGCACACUUAAAACUGCAAAGACUGAUUACUAAGCACUCUUUUUCUGAUUGAUUUUAAAUAAUAAUCUAGCUUGUUCAGCGUGUGAAACUACUGUAAAAUUUGAGGUAGAAGACUCAUUUUAAAUACCAUUUUUAUAGAGACACCUGACAUAAUUCAGAGAGGUAUUUUAUUGUGAAGGUAGGAAGGCCCUCCAAACAAGACACCAUUUUGCCUUGUUUCCAGGUGCAACUUGUAUUACAGAUAUUAUGGUAAUUACUGACAACAGCAGUUUUAGUUUGGGGAAUCCUUUAUUCUAUGCAAGAUUUUAACCCAAGAAACAUAUUUUAAUGUUUAGAAAUUUACAUACAGCCCCUCAGAUUGUCUCUGAACUCCUUUUUUUCUUCUUGCUUUGAACAUCAAGGGUUUUGUCACCCACUUUUUUGUCCUCCUCUCUAACGCUUCUAAACGGUGUGACUGUCGGUGUAUAACUCUGUGCAGGAAACUGAUGGCGCUGGUGGAGCUUUCGGCAUCAAAAUGUGGACCUAUCGAGUGCUGCUGGAGCUCGUCCACUGGGCUGACCAUGCUGCGCAGACUCUUCAUGUCUUCCACACAGAGAGGGGAGGAACAGAAGAAAUCUGAUUUAUCUCUGUUUCAAUUCAAAGUCAAUGAAAGAACUCACUCGACACUAACAGCCAGCUUUCUCUUCGAUGUAUCCCAGAUUGAAUAUGAAACAGCAGGGAGUAUACUCUGUGUGCACUAGAGAGUAAAAAAUGUUCUGCUUAACUAAAAUCACAACUAAGCUCCUCUUAACAAAAGGCCUGCAGACAGCUUCCCCCAGACGUUGGUAUUUCCACAGCAAGUGCUAAAAUGACCUCCACUUUGCCACAGUUGCAUUUUCUUUUGACAAAGACAUGAGUGCAGACUUUUAACUGUAUAAAGUUUGGUUUGCUUUGUGAAGUGGCAGAGUUAGACUGUUUGAAAAUGCCUUUUUUUGUAUAGCGUGUAUAUUUAUUUUAUUUAAGUACUCUUGAUGACUUAUAUCUGCUGUUCCUAACACUCCAAAACUCUAACUGCUAGAAUGUAGCCAAAAAGUCAUGACUGAUAAACUGUGAUUGACGUGCAGCUGAACACAUAACCAUUAGUUAUUGAAGUAGGGCACUUAGUAAUAAAUGUAACACCUUAUUAACAUAUGUAAUCCAAAUAAUUCCAAAUAUCAGUUUUUAUGUAGAGACUCAGUGCUUGUAUUGUUUAUGGUUUGGCACAGUCUGUGAUAAUCUAAGUGUCAUGUCUGCUGCUCUGAUCACCAAGUUCUCUCCCAAUGUUAUACUUGAAUGUGCUGCUAUACUGUUAACUUUUCUGAACUUCAACCUCAGUGGUUCUCAGAUCUUUUUUUCUGCUUUUUUGGAAGCGGUAAAAAAAACUAACCGAGUACCACUGCAAAUGAGCUGUGACUUUCUUAAUCUCUAGUGAAGUGAAUUUCCUAAUGCCAUGGUUUUAUUUUAUCUCUGUGAUGAGUAACUGGAUGUGCAUUUAAGAUUAAAACCAGUCCUAACCAGUGUUUUCAUCCUUAAAUUAUGUCAUGUCUGGUGUGAAUCAGUAUUUUUCACUCUUCCCUUUUCUUUUUCCUGCACAUUAUUUGACACGUUGAAAAUUUCCUUGACAACACAUGAAAACAGCUCUUUAGGUUGAUGUAUAUUACAAGAAAAACAAUCUUUUGACAGCUUAAAGCAAUGGAUUUUAAAGUUAGGAGUUUCAAUACCUUCUAAAAAUGUUCAUAUUUUUUACAAAUAUAAACCGAUAAAAUUAGCAGAAACCAUGCAGACACACAACAGUCCUAUCACUGUAGUAGCUUUAACAGAUUGAUAAUGUGGUGCUUCUUGCCUUCUUUAAAUUACUAUACAAAAUACUGCAGUUUGUUUCAUUUUUUCUUGCUUUGUUGGGACUAGAGCUUGCCCUUGGCCAUGAACAACAUAUUC